CCGAGAACGUCGUGAAAAGAACGUAAAAUAAUGAAUUUAUUUGUUUUAGAAUAUGGGUGAAUAUGUGUAAUUAUUUAUUUUACUCUUUUGUGCGAAGUGUUGUGUUUUUAAUAUAUCUGUGAGAUUUUAUAUGUGAAAAUGGCCUCCGAUAAGAUAAAAGUAGCCGUUCGGGUUCGUCCCUUCAACAGACGAGAAUUGGAAUUAGGAACACAAUGUGUGGUGGAAAUGGAGGAUCAGCAGACGGUGCUGCAGUAUCCGCAGUCCGCACACGAAAAAGAAAGGAAACAGCCGAAGACGUUCGCGUUCGACCACUGCUUCUACUCGCUGGAGCCGUCGCUGCCGCACUUCGCGUCGCAGCGCACCGUGUUCGAGUGCCUCGGCCGGGACAUACUCGACAACGCCUUCGACGGAUACAACGCCUGCAUAUUCGCCUAUGGACAGACAGGGUCGGGCAAGUCGUACACGAUGAUGGGGUCGCCGGGCGCGGACGAGGGCGGCAUCAUCCCGCGCCUGUGCGACGCGCUCUUCGAGAGGAUCAAGGUGCAGCAGUCGCCGCCAGCACUCACUUAUAAGGUGGAGGUGUCGUACAUGGAGAUCUAUAACGAGCGCGUGCACGACCUGCUGGACCCGGAGACGACGCGGCGCUCGCUGCGGGUGCGCGAACACGCCGUGCUCGGACCCUACGUCGACGGCCUCUCGCGACUCGCCGUCACAUCAUACCAGGACAUCGACAACCUGAUGACGGAGGGCAACAAGUCGCGCACGGUGGCGGCCACCAACAUGAACAGCGAGUCGUCGCGCUCGCACGCCGUCUUCAGCGUCGUGCUCACACAGACCCUCACCGACGCGCACACCGGCGUCAGCGGCGAGAAGGUGGCGCGGCUGUCGCUCGUCGAUCUCGCCGGCUCCGAGCGCGCCGUCAAGACCGGCGCCGUCGGCGACAGGCUGAAGGAGGGCUCUAAUAUCAACAAAUCUCUGACGACUCUCGGUCUGGUGAUAUCGAAGCUGGCGGACCAGGCGGGCGGCGGCGGGCGGAACCGCGACAAGUUCGUGCCGUACCGCGACUCCGUGCUCACCUGGCUGCUCAAGGACAACCUCGGCGGGAACAGCAAGACUGUCAUGGUGGCGACGAUAUCGCCGGCGGCGGACAACUACGAGGAGACGCUGUCGACGCUGCGGUACGCGGACCGCGCCAAGCGCAUCGUCAACCACGCCGUCGUCAACGAGGACCCCAACGCCCGCAUCAUCCGCGAGCUCCGACAGGAGGUCGAGGCGCUCAAGGAGAUGCUCAAACACGCCACCGGUUCGCCGGUGGGCGAGGACGUGCACGAGAAGCUGGCGCAGAGCGAGCACCUCAUGAAGGAGAUGUCGCGCACCUGGGAGGAGAAACUCGUCGAGACAGGGCGGAUACAGAGCGAGCGGCAGCACGCGCUGGAGAAGAUGGGCAUCAGCGUGCAGGCGAGCGGCAUCAAGGUGGAGAAGAACAAGUACUACCUCGUCAACCUCAAUGCCGAUCCCUCGCUCAACGAGCUGCUAGUCUACUACCUCAAGGACACGACGACGCUAGUGGGCGCGGACAGCGGCGCGGACAUCCAGCUGUCGGGUUUGGGCAUCCAGCCGCAGCACUGCGUGCUCGAGGUGUGCGGCGGCGUGCUCCACAUGACGCCGGGUGCGGGCGCGCGCUGCUUCGUCAACGGCGCGCCCGCCAACACGCGCACGCGGCUCAACCACGCCGACCGUAUACUGUGGGGAAACCAUCACUUCUUCCGCGUUAAUUGUCCCAAAGAUACCGCGACGGCGGCAUCGGAGCCGCAGACGCCGGCUCAGCCGAUCGACUACAAUUUCGCGCGGGACGAGAUAAUGCUUAACGAGCUGAGCAACGACCCCAUACAGACCGCCAUCUCGCAGCUCGAGCGACAGCACGAGGAGGACAAACAAGUGGCGCUGGAGAAGCAGCGGCAGGAGUACGAGCGUCAGUUCCAGCAGCUGCGCAACAUCCUGUCGCCCUCAACGCCCUACCCGCCCUACUCCUAUGACCCGCUCAAACUAGGCAAGUUGACAGCGUGCACGCCGACGACGGCGGCUCGCGUGGAGCGCUGGGCGGCGGAGCGCGACGACACGUUUCGCCGUUCGCUGGGCCGGCUCAAGGCGGACAUCCUGCGGGCCAACGCGCUGGUCCAGGAGGCCAACUUCCUCGCCGAGGAGAUGGCCCGACACACGCGCUUCGGCGUCACGCUGCAGAUACCGCCGCAGAACCUCAGUCCCAACAGAAAGCGCGGUGCGUUCGUGUCUGAGCCGGCGAUAAUGGUGAAACGGCCGCAGCGGUCGCAGGUGUGGUCCAUGGAGAAGCUGGAGAACAAGCUGGUGGAUAUGCGCGAGAUGUACGACGACUGGCGGCGACGGCAGCGCGACGGCGAAGUUACAGAGGACCCACCACAAAAUAUAGAAGCAGAGUCGCCCACGGAGCCGGGUGACAAGUCGCUGGACCCGUUCUACGAGUCGCAGGAGAACCACAACCUGAUCGGCGUCGCCAACGUGUUCCUCGAGGCGCUUUUCCACGACGUCACGCUCGACUACCACACGCCCAUCAUCAGCCAGCAGGGCGAGGUCGCAGGACGCCUGCAGGUGGAGAUAAGUCGCGUGGCGGGUCAGUUCCCGCAGGACCGCAUCUGCGAGGCCGCCUCCGACAGCUCCGGCGACGCGCGCGACUACGACGACCCCCCUGACCCCGCCUCCCAGCAGGUGACGAUCCGCGUGGUGAUAAAGCAGGCGAGCGGGCUGCCGCCGUCCCUCUCGCACUUCGUGUUCUGUCAGUACUCGGUGUACGGCGGCGAGCCGGUGGUGGUCGCACCGCACGUGAGCGCCGACGCGCCCGCCCCGGCGUCGCCGCGCGCGCUUAUGUCGGUGCGCUUCGACCACCGCCGCGACUUCACCGUGCCGCUCACAGAGGAGUUCAUCGAGCACUGCGCAGAGGGGGCGCUGUCGAUCGAGGUGUGGGGCCACCGGUCGGCGGGGUUCAGCCGCGCCAACUGGGAGGUGGAGGCGCAGCAGCUGGCGAAGGCGCGCUCGCUCGCCGACCGCUGGGCCGAGCUCACGCGCAAGAUCGAGCUCUGGGUCGAGAUACACGAGCUCAACGACCAGGGCGAGUACGCGCCGGUUGAGGUGGCGGCGCGCAGCGACAUGGUGACGGGGGGCGUGUACCAGCUGCGGCAGGGGCAGCAGCGGCGAGUGCGCGUGCGCGUCCGCCCCGCCCUCAACUCCGGCACGCUGCCCAUCAUCUGCCAACACAUCGUUAGCGUCGAGCUCGGCUGCGUCACCGUCAGGUCGCGUCUCCAGAAGCCGCUGGAUUCGUACCAGGAAGAGGACCUGGCGAUCCUGCGCGAGCGGUGGAGCGACGCGCUCGCUCGCCGCCGCCAGCAUCUACACGCGCAGCUACAGAAAUUGGUGAACAUGUCGCCGUCGAUGAAGAGCGAGCGCGACAUGGAGCGGGAACAGUCGCUUGUCGAGCAGUGGGUCUCGCUCACAGAGGAGCGGAACGCGGUGCUAGUACCGAGUCCAGGCAGCCCGAUCCCCGGCGCGCCGGCGUCGUGGGACCCGCCCCCCGGCAUGGAGCAGCACAUACCCGUGCUGUUCCUAGAUCUCAACGCGGACGACAUGAGCACGCACGCGUACGGCGGGGGCGUGGCGGACGCCGCGGGCGUCAACAGCAUCCUGCCCAAGGAGCACGGCGGCUGCUUCCACGAGCUGGCCGUCCUCGCCCACGCCGACUCCGAGGUCGCCGCGCUCGCCGCCUGGGACUCCUCCAUACACGACUCGCAGCACCUCAAUCGCGCUACGGAGGCAAACGAACGUGUGUACCUGAUCCUCAAGACGACGGUGCGGCUGUCGCACCCCGCGCCCAUGGACCUGGUGUUGCGCAAGCGCCUCGCCCUCAACAUUUACAAGCGGCAGAGCCUCACUGACAGGAUACGGAAGAAGAUUGUUAGGGUUGACGCGCUCCAGGCGACGGGUGUGACGUACGAGGUGGUGUCGAACGUGCCCAAGGCGUCCGAGGAGCUGGAGGAGAGGGAGAGCCUCGCGCAGAUCGCCGCUACCGGGGACGAGGCCAGCGCUGCCGACGGCGAGACAUACAUCGAGAAGUACACGCGCGGCGUGAGCGCGGUGGAGAGCAUCCUCACGCUGGACCGGCUGCGGCAGAGCGUUGCGGUGCGCGAGCUGGAGCAGGCGCGACCGAGACCGCAGACCAUGCGCAAGACCGCCUCCGUGCCUAACUUCUCACAGGGGGCUUUCUCACGACGCGACCCGUUACAAACAAUAUGCAACGCAACUCGAUACGUUGUUAAUUUCGUGUCGACAUACGGCCAACAAGAUUCGGAUACCGUGAACAACGAUCAAGAUUGCGUUGCGUCGCGGGGCGUGCUGUCCGCGGCGCUCGAGUCCGCCGCCAAGUCCGGGACGAACAUAAUGCGGCUGGACUCGUCGCUGGAGUCUCUGUCGGGUCUGGGCGGCGCGCGGUCGGGCAGUGUGGCGGACCUGGCCGAGGAGCUGCCGCGCCGCCCGCGCCUGUCCGCGCCGCACGUGGACCACGACGUGCCCGCCAAGCCCUUCGCGCUCGCGCGGCCGACGUUCCUAAACCUCAACCUGAACCUGAACUCGCUGCGCCUGCAGACGCCCAACAAGUCGUCCCCCGCGAGUGGCAAGCUGGGCCUGCGCAUGACGACGCUGCACGAGGAGCCGCCGCGUCGCACCGACGACGACUCGCUGUCCGACUCCGCCCCAGACUCCGCCGCCGCCGACGACACGCCCAAAACACACCGGUCGAGGUCGCGCGGCAGCAACCGAGCGUUCCUCCCGACGUCGCGAACGCUGGACUCGCUGCACGAGCUGGCAUGCGCGCCGCACAAGACCUCGCCCUCCAUCUCCUCCAGCGGCUACGGCUCACAAGCGGUGUCAUCUACGAAUUUGACGAACGACGAUACGCUGUCCAUCCGGAGCAUGUCGGUGGACGACACGCCUGACCUCGACAGGAGCGUGGACUACACGCAGCUCAGUCGCACGCGGCACUCCGUCGCCGGUCUGCGCAGCGAGAUCACCGAGCUGCGACACGACAUAUCGGAGCUCAAGAACGAGAUCGUCGAGUCCAAAUUCGAGCUCGAGGAUGCCGCCUACGACAAGGUCAAGACGCCGAUAACACCCGGCGGGCGGCGGAUCAACCCCUUCCUGCGGGACUGUGAGGCCCAGGGGCGGGCCGAGGAGCAGGGGCGGAGUCAGAUGGUCGAGCCCCUGGGCUCGCUGCCGGUGGAGGCGCACGCGCUGCCCGGCCAGCCGGCGGACAAGACCGAGCCGGUGCUCAACGGCGAUCAACACGACACGUCGUUCGGCGAGGCUGAGAUAGAGUCAGUGAGUUCGGAGCAGUCGAGUGUGGACGCCCGCAGCCGAGAAGCGUCCUCCGUCGGCGAGAGCGACUCGCCCGGCCCCGACCCCGUCGUCAAUACGUCCCUGCCCGCCGGGAAGGUGGUGAGGCGGCGAGCGGGCGCGAGCGCUCGGUCAGCGGCGCGCGCGUCUUAUCCGUGCGGGCGUCGCGCGCACGAUCAGCACCCCGCCCAUCUGCGGGACACGCCCGCCUCCUCCACCGAGCGCAUCGCGGACGAGGAGGCGAGCGAGGGCAGCGGUGGUGGCGGCGGUGGGAGCGGUGCGGGACGGCCGCCGCCGGAGUGGCUGGUGGUGGGCGAGAGCGUGCAGCUGCGGCUGAGCAGCAGUACGGGCGUGGUCGCGUACGUCGGCCCCACGCACUUCGCGCCCGGACUGUGGGUCGGCGUCGAGUUGGACGCACCCACCGGUAAGAAUGACGGGUGCGUGGGCGGCGAGCGGUACUUCGAGUGUCGCGCGCGGCACGGCAUCUUCGUGCGGCCGGACAAGCUGACCCAGGACCGCCGCGGACGCACCGUGCGCGCCUUCCGCGACGCCGAGCGACACCCCAACGCUAAAGGUGACGGCCUACAUAAUCUGCACCGGUCGCGAAGCCGCGGCGACAGCAUCAACUCUGUGGGCACUAAGCCCCGCAAGUAGGCCCCAGGCGCCCCGGUCUGCAGCGCCUGCCCCGGCCUGCAGCACCCGCCCCCUCGCACGCCCUCUACAGACCCCUACACUUUUCUACCGCGACCCGGACCAUGGUGCUUAUUGUUAUUUCGUUUUAACGCAGCUACUUUAUUGCUUUACAAGAUGUUUUUAUUACCAAACUUUUUACGUAUUAUCUGUAUUUACUUUUGUAAAUUUUGUUCAUAAUUUUGUAAAUUUUGUUAAACCGUAUGGACGAGUCAGUUUGUUGAUCGCUGAGGCUCUGAAAAGUAAAAACCGGCAGCUACUUGACACUAAGGCAGUAAAGAAAGUACGGAAAUACUUUUAAAGCGCCAGCGAUUGUCAAGCGCGACUCAUUGGAAGGUCACAAAACGGAUAGGGAAUAUCUGCCUCCGACCGUGCGUCUGUCUCUGCCUAACGCCUGUAUUGUAAUAGAGAGAGAUAGACGGAGUCGGAGGUGAAUAUUCGGCGCGACAACAGCGGUACCAGUGGUACCCGCGAGAGUCUCCUCUCCGCCGUUGUGCGCACAACGGCCGGCAGACGGCGACUCUCGCCUCGCGAACUUUUAUUUCAUCGACAUUAGUUGUAAAUAAAUUGACAUUUAUGUGAUUUAUUUAAUUUUAAUUUAUUGUAAAUAUAUCGAUCGUUUCGUGUAUUGUAAUUAUAAUUUAGUGACCGAUGAUUGAUUUGUGAUGCGUAAGUUAUGAUCGUGUAUAGUUUCUAUCGUUGUAUAGUUUGUGGUAGAUCGUUCUAAAUUAUUUGUGCUCAGCGUCGUUAGCGGUUAGUGGUAGCGAGUACUGGUGGCGGACGCGCCCCGUCUUUUGGCGGGGGUCGCGCCUCGCCACAUUUUUACCUGCAAUAUUUUUACUUAUACUGUAAUGACCUACUUUAAGUUUAGUUAAAUCUAAAGCACGCAUAAAUACAAAAAAAAAUGAGUAGCGAGUCACGCGGUAGCCGUUUUUAUCUUGUUUUUAAUGUAAUCGGACGCCGAGUAGGAAAAUUUACAUUUUAAAACCGCUUUACCCUCCCGUACUUGUAAGUUCCUACGAGCGUUUUACAAGUUUUAAGUGUCGGGGGCGACUAGAUCGGCCAGAUUUCGACGCUCCCGACGUCCUCGUGUUGCUCAGUUUGCCAUUACUUUGUGAUACUCUCUUGCCAGGGACUGGAUCAUUUUGUAUGUAUAUUUUGGUAGAGCCCCGUAGGAUUCGCCGUUCGAUCUAUACGUAAAAAAAAGAAUCGUCCAAUGCCACAUCUUCGUCCUCGAAAAGACUCGUACCUAGUACACUAGCCCCGGACCGGCCGCCCCAUAUCGACUAGGUUGUGUAGUUAUUGUACAAAUGUUAGUAGCGGUUUCGGCGUGUUUGUAAUCUGUAUAUUCCGUUCGCGCAACGUGUCCAUCCGUCAACAAUAACCGUGUACUGUACCGUGUACUGUAGUACCGGAGCUCCCCGUGUAUAUUCCAUCCUCCGAGUGUCCAUCCGCUCGCCGCACUAGUUUAGGCCUCGUCGUAGUUAAGGUAUACGCUCUCGGCGUUUAGUCGGCGACUUGCCUCUAUUUCUGUACACAAUAUUGUAUAUUUUAAAUGUAAGUCGUUUAUUAGAAUUUAUCAAAAGUAUUCGAAUCGUGCACAUAAGAUUUAUCUACAGUUAACUGGCCGCGCGCGCGGCGCCGCAGCAUCGAAAGGGCAAGUUUUAUAUAGAAAAUGUAUUGAAUUAUUAUCGUGGAGGCGGACGAGAGCUUAGGCGAAUUUGCCCUUUCGGGCUCGGUGUUCGGAUCUCGACUGACGUCAUCGUCUCCCGGCGCACUGAUCGCUUCUAGACUGUACUUAAACAUUCCAUUUUCGCGUAUUCUAUAGCGUAACGAGUUAUUUUGUGCAUUUCGGUUGGCGACGUAGAACGACGCAUAUUCGGCCUCGACUAGGACAGCUCGAUGUGUAGUUCUUUUGAAGUCUAAACGAAAUAUUGAAAUGUUUUUCGAGUAUUGUAGGAUGUCUUUGAAAUUCUCGAUGUGCUUUCGUCCAGUAGUCGGUAGUUUCGGAAGUCUCGCCCGACUCACGACGAGCGCGGCCGGCGAAUAUUUUAAGCGCUUCAUUUUAAAAUGUGAUAUCGUAUUCGAUCAUUGAAACAUUUUAUGUGUUUGUAUUAUUUUUACACAAUUAUGGACAUAGUAUGAUUUUAAAUAAAUGAAAUUGUAUUGAAUUAUAUGAAAUGUAUUAUUUUGUGGCAGACGGCCCUCGGGCGCGCGCGUCGCGUGUCGGCGCUCGGGCAGGAGACACGCGCGGUGGACGCACUAGGGCUCCCGAGUUAGGCUAAUAGACCUAAUGAUGUCUCGUAGGUCGUAAUUUAUUUUUAUAGCGUAAGUCGACACGUGCUGUGCUUUUAUUUUAAUAUAGACGUAGGCGAAUGUUUAAAUAUUAUUUUUUUAUGAAUGUAACGUAUUUAUUGCAGUCAAUUUAACGUGAUGCCUCGUCGUGGAUGAUUUGAUCGUUGUGUUUGAGUUGCCCGUUCUGUAUCAUAUAUACUGGGACGCGCGCGCGGCCCGUGACGUCACGGGCCGCGUCGCGUCUCGAGUCUCGACACACGUCACUUACGACUAGGUCCCUGCCAGCGGGACAUACUUUUGCCGAGUAGCAAAUUUGAGUCAAACAUUGCUAUCAUUAUCAAUAAAUGUAUAAUGAAAA